CGUUCAAGUGUGGAGGACUCACCCUUUGUGUUGCGGAUUUCACACGACGAACUGAUAGCAUAUGCUGACGAACUAGACAGAAGGAACGAAAAAACGAAUUCUAGAAAGAAAAAUCACACAAAAAUUGAAGAAAAGGAUUCCAAAUCGAAGAAAUUGGAAAAGAAAACUGACGUCAGCAGGAAUGCUUUGCCAUCAAAAGCCGAAGAGGGAGUAGAAUUUGGGAUAAAAGAAACCAAAUUCAAUCACGAAAAGGAUAACGAAGGUACAAAGAAAGCAAAAAAUGAAGGGAAGAAGGAUAAAAGAAAAUCUCCGUCGUCCAAAUCUCGGCGCGAUUCCUCCUCAAACGCAGAGGAUGUUUAUCUAAGGGAGAAACGUACCGUUACCAAUAGCGACAGAACUGAAUCGAAUGAAACGGGAAAGGCUACAAGAAAGCGACGAGGAAGUGCAAGGACAGCAAAAAAGGUUGAUGACAAUGAAAAAGAAAGUGAAAAAUGUGAACUUGAUUUGAGAGCUCGUACCAGUACCGGUAGUGUUUUGAAGCUUUCUAAAGAGCCUUCUCAUGCUGCAGAAGAUUCACCUAAGGAUGAAAAACCAAGAGGAAUAAUUAAGUUGCCUGAAGGUUUCCAUAUUAAUAGUCACAAUACAAGUGAAGAGGAAGGUUUUACAUCUGAUAUACCUCCCUGUAAGAGAACUUCUAGCAUGAAUGGUGGCAGUAGUAUUAGUAGUGGCCUUUAUGGUCCUGUUCAUGCAGAGAAAUCAGUUUCUCCAAAUAAGGAAGUUCGGUUUAUUACAGUAGAUGAAAAGACUACAGAACCUCAAAAUGAAGUUAGUACAACCAUAGGAAAAUUUGGAGACAAACACUCCGAAGUAAACAAUGUUUACAGUGGGGAAUCUGUGAACAUUCACAACACUUCAAUAGAGAAUGAGGUUGUUUACGAGACUAAAGCAGAGAAAACACUUAAGUCCAUAAAUCAACAGAAAGCUCAAAGACUGAAAAGAGCUGUGUCACCAAAAGAGGCACAGCUAAGUAAUUUAUUAUCUCGUGGGACACUUGACAAGGCAGUUUUUGCAAAAAUUUGUAGCCUUAGUAAAGAAAUACAAGACACCUACAAAGGGAUUAUGAUGCUUGACAUUGGCCAGGUCACUCAGCUUGAGGUUGAUCAAAACCUUUGGAAGAAUGCAUUUUAUAAAGUUAUUGAGACAUUGAGGAAAUAUGGAAAACUCUUUUUGGGAUAUGAAGAAAAAUCGGAUGUCCUCUCUCCAGACGAAAUAACUAACUGUUUGAAGGAAUUCUUGAAAGAUGCCGAGACAUUUUAUAAAAGUCUUCUUGAAUUGUUGCAGAAAGAGCAUGAUUUCUCAAUUCAGGAGAUUGUCAAUCAACCAAGGAAGGCAGAAAAACUUGGGAAAAAUGCUAAACUUGCACUCAUGAGCUCACAGCACAUUUUGAUUUCCCUUGGAGACAUAGAAAGGUAUCAAGUGCAAUUUCAGCCCCAUCCAAACUGGGCAUCCAUCCGAUCAUGGUAUCUCAAGGCUAACAAACUGGCUCCAAAGAAUGGUAAACCUUACAAUCAACUUGGUGUUAUUGCUGUGUCUGCCAAUCGCAAGCUAGACUCUGUUUAUUACUACAUAAGGAGCCUAGCUGUGAGUAAUCCAAUUUUGACAGCAAGGGAAAAGCUGACAGCUAUUUUUCAUGAUAUACAAGUGAAAGCAGACAGGAUCCAAAGAACUGAGGAUCAAAAGAAGGCUCUUUCAGAGCAGCAAAUCCAUCAGAAGAGAGAAAAGAGCCGAUCCUCGUUUGGAGAAGCAGCCAAAGUUGUUGGGCUCAAAUCAGAUCACAAAUCUUCUCAUGGCAGGCAUGAGAUGUGGAUCUUCAUGUGCCAAGGAAAAUACAGGAAAGUAGUGGUCACAGACCAUGGUAAAGUACAAGAAGUUAAUUCAAGAGGAGAACCCAUCCUGGAAGGACAGACUGAGGAGCACUCUUCAGACCCUGUGAAAGAAUCACCAAAGAUUUCUCUUCAAGAGGUCAACAAGAAAUUCAUGCUCCACUAUCUUUGUGCCCAUGGUCUUUUGUACUCAAGAAUUGGUAUGGAAAGGUUGCCUACAUUACAGUACCAACUCUUGGGUGAGUUCCAUACUUUGCUGGAGUACCCAUCUUGUUCUGCAAUAAGCAGAUCUAACCUUCUGCAGAUGAUGGCCAUCAACAUGUUUGCUAUUGAACACACUGCAAGCCAAGAUGUAUCAGAACCUUACGUCAGAGUUGGCACACCUCAAGACCAAGCUAUGAAUCUUGCUGUUGAGAUGUUCAUCAUGUUGCUAAAGGCCUGCUGUGCCCUGCUUCUGAAAAUAGACUUUGAAGCAAGAAACACCUAUGAAGGCCUCAGUGACACCCUACAUCAGUUCUUGCCCUCAGUCAAAGUGUUUGCAGAUUGGGUGGUCUGUCAUGUUGACCUGUGGCAGGUGUCCUCUAUAAGCACCCACAGAAGUCUUUGGGAAUCAGUUAGUCAGUUCACAAAUGCCAUAUCCUAUGUGGAUAUUGAUGACCUUCACGAUGAUGAUGCCAAUGAGAUGGUAACGUUGUCCGAGGAUGAAUUUCUUGCUGGAUUUAAGCCAUUGAGCUCAGCAGUGAGACCAUUGUGUAGAGUCCCAGAUGCAAACAGUAAGAGUCUUGCUGAAGAUUACCUGCGUUGCCAGCGUCUAAAGGAGUUUGCUGCAUUUUUGGUUUCCCUGGAGCACUCACCACUGGAGUUUGAUAAUGACAAAGGAGAAUUUUCAGCAAUGAUUAAAAGUACACCAGUGUCACCUGUAAAGGAGUCACAAGUCAUGGUUCACUUGGACACAUCACCACAAAAUGAACAUGAGGACUCAGAUGAGGAGGCUGAUGUUAUCAUUGAGAGUGAAGAAGAACAGCUAGACUCAGGUGAUGAAGUGGAGAAGGACCUGAAGGAACUCAAGGCCAAAAAAGAUGCCUUGAAAAAGCAAGUGGAAAUUCACAAAGAAAGAGAAGAUAGGGCAAAGGCAGUGAUAGAGGAACACAUUUCUAAGCCACGUCUAAUGUUCGAGAACUACCCAACAUACCUGGUACCAGACACUAACUGCUUUGUGGAUCAUUUGGAUGGGGUCAAGGCCAUUGUAGCCAGUCAGGAGUUCACUCUGGUUGUGCCACUCAUUGUAAUUAACGAGCUUGAUGGUCUGAAGAAAGAUGUCCUCCUUGAUAAAUGCGACAAUUUACAGCAUGCUCAAUAUGUCUUAGAGAAUGCCAGAUUGGCAAUUCAUUUUCUUGAGAAUGACUUUAGCCAGAGAAAUCCUCAGGUUAAAACAGUGACUAGCAAAGGAACAGAGCUGGAUACAAUUCAAUUCAGAAGUGAGGAUCCUUCUGGAAGAAAGGGCAAGGGGUGCAAUGAUGAUGUCAUUCUCUCCUGCUGUCUACACUACUGUGAAGAGAACUUUAUCAACCGAUUGGCCACAGCAAAUCAACCAAUAACCAUUCAAAGGAAAGUGGUACUGCUUACAGACGACAGGAACCUGAGAGUGAAGGCUUACACCAGGAAUGUCCCUGUGCUCACAAUACCCCAGUUCAGACAAAUGGCUCGAUUGUGACAAGAAAUGAGAGGGGUUUUGUUUCAGGCUGAAGCAGGAAAGAUUUCAUGACUCACUGUAGUUAUUGUAUCAGGAUCUGAUAUAGAUCUACUAAGAGGAGAGCUGGCUGAUGCUAAUGGAUCCAAUGCUGCAAUGGUGAAUGACGUGCUUGUCACAACUUCUUCAUCCACCCCUAAGCAUUCAUGGAUAAAUAUACUCCACUCCACAACUGUUUUUAUAUAUUAAAGUUUCUGAACUAAUAAAAUGCUACUAGUGUCCCUAUCGUAAGGGGUACUAUCAUUUUAAAA